GUGCCGCCGGAAGUCGCUCCGAGGAGAGACAGGAAGUCCCUCCCCUUCCUCCCAGAGGGAAGACGGUGAGCCGGAGGAGUCAGUCAGAGAGGCGAGCAGGAGCGAUUCCGUCGGCAAACAGGUGGCGAGCGCCCGGUGAGCCGCGCCAGGCCGCGGUCGCCUCAGCACGUCGGCGGCCAUGGAUGCGGAGAAGAAGCCCGAGAGCGAGGACGAUGAAAACAGGAGCAGAGGAGCCCACGCCACAGGUUCCUCACCGCGCCCCGUAGCCCGCGGGCCCGUGUGCGACGGGACAGCACGUGCCUCAGAGCCUCCCACCGGCAAGAGAGGCUUCCCGCGCGUCCCCGUCCCCGCGGCGGCGGCCGGACACCAGCGCGCGUCCAAGCGGCUGCGGCUGUCCGCGGGCGCGGGGCCCCCGGAGCCCGACGAGCCGCGCGCUCCCGAGCCGCGCGCUCCCGGCCCAGACACUUCCGAGGGCCCCACCCCGGACGUGCCUGCCCCACCCGGCGAGAUCGCGAAGGAGGCGCUCCUCACUGAGGGCCCGGCCGGCCGCCCUUGUCCUCCCGGGGCCUUCUCCGCUCCUUGCGGUUUUAGCCCUAGUGCUGCGGUGUCUCCGAAGACAGACCCUGACGACGAGUCUGCUCAGGACGCGGUCUCCUGUGACGCGGAAAGAGGCUCUCCUCUCCCCCGGACAGAGACCAGUGUGGGUUGUGCCGCCGGACACGUGGAGCCGGUUCUCAAGUGCAGCGUUUGCGGGCAUCUGCUCUCCUCUUGCUCGGACGAGGAGCCGCGCGCCGAGGGCCCCACGCAGCAGGCGGCCGGCCCCGCGUGCUGCCGCUGCGGCCACGGGGCGGAGAGCGGCGCCGCGCUGCGCGUGCACGCGGGCCCGACGCCCGGGCCGCAGCCGGUCUUCUCGUGCGAGCUGUGCGGCUUCCAGUGCGCGCAAGAGAACCUGCUGAACGCGCACUACCUCGGCAAGACGCACCUCCGGCGCCAGAAUCUCGCUGCUCGCGGAGGAUUUGUGCAGAUCUUAACAAAACAGCCCUUUCCCAAGAAACCGUGUACCCUGGGAACAAAAAACGUUCGCGUAAAACCCAGACCUGCUAAACCCGCGGCGAGGACCAGUGAUCCCAGAGGCGCACGGAACGCGGGAAGCAAACUCCACGACGUCCGAGGAGGCGUGUGCAAGCAGAGUGGAGGCGGCGAGCUGCUCGUUGAAAUGACGCCGUCCCGGAGCACUCCGUCCGAAAGAGUAGAGAUGGUUGAAGAAAACGUAACUUCCGUGGGGAUAGCUCGAAGCCCUGAAAACCAGAGUAAAAGCAAAAAGAUAGCAGCGUUGGUAAGCUCAGGGGGUCUCUUCAACAAGUUGGAAUCUACCAGAAGUACCGUCCAGGCAGCGCACGGCGUCUGUGCCAGCCCGAGACCAAGACCCGAGCGCAGCGUCCUCCUGCUGGGCGGUGGCUUCCGACGACGAACUGGCACGUUUACCUUCAAAGGCCAGGCCAAGAAAAGGCUUAAUCUUUUAGGAAUGAGUAAAAGAGCAACUAAUGACCCCCCGAGGUUGUGUAUGAAACACUUUAGAACGCAGGUGAAGACCAGUGAGACGGAGUGUGUGGCCAAACUUGGAGAAGCAGGCGGCAGUGUGCGCAGUCUGCGUGUGACUUCCUCGGAAACCCCGGGCCUGAUGCGGGACAAAGGGAGCUCCCCUGUCAUGUGCUCCGGCGGCUCUGCGACAGCGAGGCCGGCUGCUGAUCACCAGAUAUGUGCUCGUACAGACUGUGGUCACGGAGCGCUAAAUAGGAGAGGCGUGGGGAGCCAUGGGGAGAGGGGCCCUGCGGGAGAGGCGAGGCUUUGCUGCCAGGCAUGUGUUUUUUCCAGCACGUCGAGGGGGGACCCUGAUAAGCAUUUGCACAACCGCCAGCAUCAGCACACUGCCGCUGGCCUCAGGUGUCAGUGCUGUUCGUUUAUUUCUGAGCAUGAACUAAAUCUUAGAGACCACAUGAAGGAAAAGCACAAUAUGGGUUGUUUUUGCACUCCUUGCAGUCUCUUCUUGUCUGAGAAAGACGUGGAAGAACACAAAAAAACCGAGAAGCAUAUUCGUUUGUUGGUUCAACCAAAGACUUCCCAGUCAUUUAACAGUGAUUUGGCUUUACAGACUUUAUCCUUAAGUACUUUAGAAUCAGAAGAUACAAAAGGUCCUAUGAAUGAGUCUGUAGCUCAGGAAGAACCUUCUAAGUCCAGGGCAAGCCAUGGGCACGAAGUGAGGCACUCCAGUAAGCCUCAGUUUCAGUGUAAGAAGUGUUUUUAUAAAACGCGGUCUUCCACUGUUCUCACAAGACACAUCAAGCUCCGGCAUGGCCAGGACUAUCACUUUCUUUGUAAAGCAUGCAAUCUUUACUCGCUCAGCAAGGAGGGAAUGGAGAAGCACAUCAAGAGAAGCAAGCAUCUGGAAAACGCCAAGAAAAACAACAUUGGCUUAAGUUUUGAAGAAUGUAUUGAAAGGGUGUGUAUAGGUGCAAAUGACAAAAAAGAUGAGUUUCACGUUUCCGGAAACGGAAGGAUCGAAGGCCACGUAGAAGGUGUGCGGUUGCAGGAGCAUUCCUAUCUGGAAAAGAGCCUACUGACUACCAAGGAAAUGCCACAAUCUGGUGUAACGACCAAAGAGGGUGAGGUAGCUUUGACCACUACUCCAAAGAGAGGGAGACCCAAAGGUAACAUCUCGCGGACAUGCUCUCACUGUGGUCUCUUGGCCUCUAGUAUUACAAACCUGACUGUUCACAUUCGACGAAAACACAGUCACCAGUAUAGUUAUUUAUGCAAAGUGUGUAAGUAUUAUACUGUAACUAAGGGAGAUAUGGAGCGCCACUGUGCCACUAAGAAACAUAAAGGACGUGUAGAAAUAGAAGCAAAUGGCAAGCAGAGUUCAGAUAUCGUUGUUGGCCCCGAAGGGGGUAACCUUGAAGCCUGUAGAAGGAAUGCCAUUUCAGCAGGUUCAGAUGAACUUGCUCAUAGGUCAGCUGAAUCAGAUACCUCCACUUCAGAAAAGCCAGUGCUAGAGCAUGGAAAUCCAGCUGAAGUCGAAGUUGAAAAUGUAUUUCAUUCUACAGAUGGGGAAGUCCACAGUCAGCUUUCUGAUAAAAAGGAACAAAUGUCUCUAGAACCAGAGGACCCUCUCCAGCAGGCGGAUGCUUGCUCCCAGAGAGACGUGACGGGUUCGAGUGAUAACAAGUGUAUACACUGUGAGUUUAAUGCUCACUCUUCUGCUUCUCUAGAACUCCACAUAAAACGGAAACAUACAAAAGAAUUUGCUUUUUAUUGCAUGGCCUGCGAUUACUAUGCUGUGACUCGUCGAGAGAUGACUAGGCAUGCAGCCACAGAAAAACACAAGAUGAAAAGGCAGUCUUACCUGACCUCUUCUGACACAGAAGUGUCCAGAAACAUCAUUAUCUCCGAAGAGCAACAUCAACACAAUUCUGAAGAAUAUCAGAUAAUUUCAGACGAGCCAUCUGAAGAAGUUCUGAAAUCUAAAAGUACUGCUGAUUGUUGUGUUUUGGAUGAGGACACUAAUUUAGAUGUGUCUAAGGUCCUCCAUGCUCCUACCUCCGUGGAGAUUGAAACUGAAGAAGAAUCUAAUCUCAGUGAAGACCAUUCCUUUUGUGAAACUUUCCAACAGACUCUGGCCAAGGAUAAAGCUCUGAAACCCGAGGAGAUGGUGCCCCUUAAUAUUUCCUCUAAUUGUGGUUCCCCAAGCAGAUUUCAGAAUGAAAAUUCAGGAAGCUCAGCUUUGGAUUAUGAGGCGGUAGAGAGAGUCCACAGCACGCUGGAUGAGCCUGGAGAUGAGAGCACACGCAGUAAGAGCGAUGUCGGCCAGGCAGGGGAGAAUAUAGAUAAUGCCCCUAGCAAACCUGGAUGUCCUGGAGGUCUUGGGGGAGGGCAUCUGGCUGAAGGCACCAUCCCUGCUGUGAUGACAAGGACAAGGCAGGAGCUGAACCUGGAGAGCGAUGGUCAGAACGAAGUUGGGAGUGUGCAGAGUUCAGAGGAUUUGAAAGAUACUCGAGAAGACCCCGUUCUGGAGAACAAGGAAAUCCUGUUGAAUUCCCAACAGGAAACUAAAAUUAUUUUGGAAGAGGAUGGCCCAGCUUCUGAUAGUGCAGUUGAAAGUAAUGACAUUUAUGAGACUAUAAUCAGUAUUGAUGACAAAGGACAGGCCAUGUAUAGUUUUGGCCGGUUUGAUUCUUCCAUAAUAAGGAUCAAGAACCCUGAAGAUGGAGAGUUGUUAGACCCGCCGGAAGAGGGUCUGGUCACAACAGGUGUGAGGAUUAGUGAGUUGCCCUUUAAAGACUGUGCUCAAGGCGUGAAAAAGAAGAAAUCUGAAGGCGGUUCCUUUGGUGAAUCCACACGAAUUCGUUGCGAUGAUUGUGGCUUCUUAGCAGAUGGUUUGAGUGGACUGAAUGUUCACAUAGCCAUGAAACACCCUACAAAAGAGAAACACUUCCAUUGUUUACUGUGUGGAAAGUCGUUCUACACUGAGAGCAAUCUCCAUCAGCAUCUGGCCAGUGCAGGCCACAUGAGAAACGAGCAGGCCAGUGUAGAGGAGCUUCCGGAGGGAGGGGCGACUUUUAAAUGUGUCAAGUGUACGGAACCCUUUGAUUCAGAACAGAAUUUAUUUCUGCAUAUUAAAGGGCAGCAUGAAGAACUGCUCCGGGAGGUGAACAAGUACAUAGUGGAAGACACUGAACAAAUCAACCGCGAGAGAGAAGAAAAUCAGGGGAACGUUUGCAAGUACUGCGGGAAGCUGUGUCGGAGUAGCAACUCGAUGGCUUUCCUGGCGCACAUCCGCACCCACACAGGAUCAAAACCAUUCAAGUGCAAGAUAUGCCAUUUUGCAACAGCUCAGCUUGGCGAUGCCAGAAACCAUGUCAAAAGGCACCUUGGGAUGAGGGAAUACAAGUGUCACGUCUGUGGGGUUGCUUUUGUCAUGAAGAAGCACUUAAAUACGCAUCUCCUAGGCAAGCAUGGAGUUGGCACCCCAAAAGAAAGGAAAUUUACAUGCCACUUAUGUGAUAGAAGUUUCACCGAGAAGUGGGCCCUGAACAACCACAUGAAGCUCCACACGGGAGAAAAGCCAUUCAAGUGUACCUGGCCCACGUGCCACUACUCCUUCCUCACGGCCUCUGCCAUGAAAGACCACUACCGGACGCACACAGGCGAGAAGUCGUUUCUGUGCGACCUCUGCGGCUUCGCCGGCGGGACUCGGCACGCGCUCACCAAGCACCGCCGCCAGCACACAGGAGAAAAACCUUUCAAAUGUGAUGAGUGUAGCUUUGCCUCCACAACCCAGUCUCAUCUGACUCGGCACAAGCGGGUGCACACUGGAGAGAAGCCCUACAGGUGCCCCUGGUGUGACUACAGGUCAAACUGUGCUGAAAACAUCCGAAAGCACAUUUUACACACGGGCAAACACGAAGGAGUGAAGAUGUACAACUGCCCUAAGUGUGACUACGGAACGAACGUGCCUGUGGAGUUCCGGAACCACCUGAAGGAGCAGCACCCCGACAUCGAGAACCCGGACCUGGCUUAUUUGCAUGCUGCUUAUGUUCCUGAGGAAGAACUGAAGGCAGCAGAAAUAGAUGAAGAGAACGUGGAGGAGGACGGGCUGUCUCUGGACAUCCCGGAAAGCGACUACGUGUGCAAUGAGGACCCCGAGAUCAAGGAAGCUCAGAGCUACCAGAACUCCCCCGUCAGCUCCGCGACAAACCAGGACGCUGGCUACGGGUCGCCCUUCAGCGAGAACAGCGACCAGCUCGUCCACUUCAAAAGCUCUUCCUCCAGAGAGGAGAAGGAGGACCCACAGGGCCCGGACAGCGUCUCCUACCCCCAGGACAGCUUGGCCCAGAUCAAGGCUGUGUAUGCGAACUUGUUCUCCGAGUCCUGCUGGUCCAGCCUGGCUCUGGAUUUGAAGAAGUCGGGUUCGACCCCCAGCAACAACGAUGCGGGCCAGAAGGAGGGCUCCACCCCUGCCCCCACACCCCCCGCCUGCACGGCGGGCGCCACGGGCACCACGGCCAGCACCCCCAGCUCGGGCUCGGGCUCGGGCUCGGGCUCCGGCAGCGGCGGCAGCGGCGGCGGCUCGGGGUACGACUGGCAUCAGGCCGCGCUGGCCAAGACGCUGCAGCAGACGUCCUCGUACGGGCUGCUCCCCGAGCCCAGCCUCUUCAGCACCGUGCAGCUGUACAGGCAGAACAACAAGCUGUACGGCUCGGUGUUCACGGGCGCCAGCAAGUUCCGCUGCAAGGACUGCAGCGCCGCAUACGACACGCUGGUGGAGCUGACCGUGCACAUGAACGAGACGGGGCACUACCGCGAUGACAACAGGGACAAGGACUCCGAGAAGACCAAGCGGUGGUCCAAGCCCAGGAAGCGCUCGCUGAUGGAGAUGGAAGGCAAGGAGGACGCCCAGAAGGUGCUCAAGUGCAUGUACUGCGGCCACUCCUUCGAGUCCCUGCAGGACCUGAGCGUCCACAUGAUCAAGACAAAGCAUUACCAGAAAGUGCCUCUGAAGGAGCCAGUGCCGGCCAUCACCAAGCUGGUCCCUUCCACCAAGAAGCGCGCCCUGCAGGACCUGGCGUCCCCGUGUUCGCCGGAACCCGCGGGGCUUGGUGCCGACACCGUGCUCAGCGAGGCGGCCAAGGACCAGAAGACCGCCAACCCCUACGUGACGCCCAACAACCGCUACGGCUACCAGAACGGCGCCAGCUACACCUGGCAGUUUGAGGCCCGCAAGGCCCAGAUCCUCAAGUGCAUGGAGUGCGGGAGCUCGCACGACACGCUGCAGCAGCUCACCGCCCACAUGAUGGUCACCGGCCACUUCCUCAAGGUCACCACCUCGGCCUCCAAGAAGGGCAAGCAGCUGGUGCUGGACCCGGUGGUGGAAGAGAAGAUCCAGUCCAUACCCCUGCCCCCCACCACGCACACCCGGCUGCCCGCCGCCCACAUCAAGAAGCAGCCCGACUCCCCUGCGGGCACCACGCCCUCCGAGGACAAGAAGGAGCCCGAGAAGGACAAGGCGCCAGCGGUGGGCGAGGCGGACAAGAAGGUCAAGGAGGAGAGCGAGGACGCCCCCGAGAAGUUCGAGCCCACUGCCCUGUAUCAGUACCUCCGCGAGGAGGACCUGGACGACAGCCCCAAGGGCGGGGUGGACAUCCUCAAGUCCCUGGAGAACACGGUCUCCACGGCCAUCAGCAAAGCGCAGAAUGGUGCGCCUUCGUGGGGCGGCUACCCCAGCAUCCACGCGGCCUACCAGCUGCCCGGCGCCGUGAAGCCGCUGCCCGCCGUGCAGAGUGUGCAGGUGCAGCCGUCCUAUGCCGGCGGCGUGAAGUCGCUGGCCCCGGAGCACAGCGCGCUGCUGCACUCCCCGGGGAGCCUCACGCCGCCGCCGCACAAGAGCAACGUGUCCGCCAUGGAGGAGCUGGUGGAGAAGGUCACUGGCAAGGUUAGCGUGAAGAAGGAGGAGCGGCCGGUCGCCGACAGGGAGAAGGGCUCCCCGGCCAAGGCCGUGUCCCCUGUGGCCAAAGAGAAUAAAGACUUCCCCCGCGCAGAGGAUGGCGGCAGCGGCAAGGCCACGCAGAAGAAGGGCCCGGAGGCGGAGGCGGGAAAGGCCAAAAAGGAGGGUGUGCUGGACACGCACACCCCAAACGGCACCGAGCCUCUGAAGGCCAAAGUCACCAACGGCUGUAAUAACCUGGGGAUCAUCACGGACCACUCAGCGGAGCCCUCCUUCAUCAACCCGCUCAGCGCGCUGCAGUCCAUCAUGAACACGCACUUGGGCAAGGUGUCCAAGCCCGUGAGCCCGUCGCUGGACCCGCUGGCCAUGCUGUACAAGAUCAGCAACAGCAUGCUGGACAAGCCGGUCUACCCCGCCGCCCCCAUCAAGCAGGCGGACGCCAUCGACCGCUACUACUACGACAACAGCGACCAGCCCAUCGACCUGACCAAGGCCAAAAGCAAGCCCCUGGUCUCCAGCGCGGCCGACCCCGUGGCGUCCCCUCUCCGGGAGAGCGCCCUCAUGGACAUCUCCGACAUGGUGAAGAACCUCACGGGCCGGUUGACCCCCAAGUCCUCCACGCCCUCCACCGUGUCCGAGAAGUCAGACGCCGACGGCAGCAGCUUCGAGGAAGCGCUGGACGAGCUGUCGCCCGUGCACAAGAGGAAGGGACGCCAGUCCCACUGGAACCCCCAGCACCUGCUGCUCCUGCAGGCACAGUUCGCCUCGAGCCUGCGGGAGACGCCGGAGGGCAAGUACAUCAUGUCAGACCUGGGCCCGCAGGAGCGCGUGCACAUCUCCAAGUUUACCGGGCUGUCCAUGACCACCAUCAGCCACUGGCUGGCCAACGUGAAGUAUCAGCUGAGGAGGACAGGGGGUACCAAGUUCCUGAAGAACCUGGACACAGGGCAUCCUGUUUUCUUUUGCAACGAUUGUGCCUCUCAGUUCAGAACUGCUUCUACGUACAUAAAUCACCUAGAAACACACUUGGGCUUCAGCUUGAAGGAUCUCUCCAAGCUGCCACUAAAUCAGAUUCAAGAACAGCAGAAUGUUUCAAAAGUCCUGGCAAACAAAGCUCUGGGCCCGGUCGGGGCUGCCGAGGACGAUGGGGGCUCCACAUUCCAAUGCAAGCUUUGCAACCGGACUUUUGCAAGCAAGCACGCAGUCAAACUGCACCUUAGUAAGACCCACGGCAAGUCCCCGGAGGACCACCUGAUCUACGUGACGGAGCUGGAGAAACAGUAGCGUCCAGGAGCGCGAGGGACCGCGGCACAUUGCACUACACGUCGUCUUUGGACUGCACUAGGCCUGGGCUGAGCCUCCGAAAUCAGCCUUCCCUUUGUUGCCGAGCUGGCUGUCUGGACCUUGGUUUUUUCUUACACAUAUUUUGUAGUUAUAUUUAUAUGCCCUUUGUCCGAUUGUGCAUGUUAUUUUUCUUUUUCCGUGAGUCAAAGUCUGACCUUUAUUUUCAACAUCUGUUCUUGAUGUUAAGCUAUCUUUUGUAGGAAAUAGUGGGCACACUACUCAGAGACAUGCAUUUAGCAGAGAAGAAAGACACAAAUAACAAUGAUAAAAAGACAUCCUAAAAUUACAAAGUUGCCAUGACAAUAAAGGUCAUAGAACCUGGUAGUGUCAAAUUUAACCCUUUGAGGACUGCAAUUGCAUUUCUGUGCCUUUCACUCAAAAAAAAAAAAAAAGAGAAAGAAAGAAAAAAAGGCUUAAAGGCAUUUCAUUCAGAUCAAAAGCUGUGUCAGACACAAAACUUAUUUAAUAAUUAAAAAAAUGAGCUUUUAUAUGCAGAACUGGUUUGUGAAGGAAACAUGCAUGCAGCUGUCGGAAGAUAGAAAGUUGUCUAGGAGUCGUGGGGUUAGGAAGCCACAGCUUUACACAUUGAAAAUGAAACAAAACAAAACAAAACAAAAAAACAAAAAAACCCACCACCACCACCACCACUACCACCACCACCAAACACCCCAGAUGCCACUAUGCCCAAACCCUCUGGAUGCUGAAAAAAAAAAAAUGCCACUUUCGGCAAAAAAAAGUAUGCAAGCUAUUAUUUAAAAAUGUGUAAAAAUGCUAUUUCUUUUUUUUCCUGUAAAAUACUGCGGUUUAUAGUUAUUUACAAAUGUAAGCUUUGGUAUAAGCUGACCUUUCUAUAGCGUGCUGCAUUGGUAAAUGAAAAAAACAUGGGGCAAACGUUGGAGUCCUUUCCUUGUAAAUUGCCAGCAUCAGCUUAAAAACCCCUCUAUGUUACAUAUCGUACCAUUUUAAUCUAUUCAACUUUCUUUGUACCUUCUGGCUGUAUGCUUUCUCUUUUAACUUUUUAUAUUGUCAUUUUAUAUUAAAUUUCUGUGUAUAUAAUGUAAAACCACAAUUUUUGAAUAAAAUUUAGUUCCUGCAGCUUGAUUUAAAUAGAGAAGUUUUACUGGUACCUGCAUCUUUCCAGAUGCAUGUAUAUCAGACAAAAAUAAAUAAAUGGAAACAAAGCAAGCAAUGCACUAUUAAUUAUACAUUUUGAUGUUCUAUCAUUAAUAUUGUACAGUACAUUUUGGUUCACACAAUUAAAUCCACUGUUUUCUCAAAUGUAAAAUAAACCCACAAGCAGUUCUUGAUUUA